GAUUGAAAUGACUCGCUAUUUGAUUGUUCAAUUAUGUCAAUAUGUUUUAAUGAUUUGUUGAUAGAUUCAAGUUGACACUGCCAUCAAUCUAAUCCAUUUAACCUCUGCAAAAAUAUUCAACUUUAACUGUUUUUUUCACUUUGAUUUACUCUUUGGUGAUUUCCGUAUCCUUUUAUUUCUUUCCCCUCUUCGUUUUCCUCUGACUAAACUGAGAGACUAAAGACUCCUCUUUCAAAUCUUAUGUCCUUGCUCAGACUUAAAUCGCCUUUUCUGUUGUGUUUUUUGUUUCUUUUUUAUUCUAAAUCAAUUACUGUGUUAUUUACUUGAACAAUUGUUAUCUAAUUAUUAGAUUAAUUACCUUUUUGAUCUCACUCUUGUUAUUCCCUACAAACACAUUCUCUCCUAAUACUACAUAACUCUCAGUGUUUUCAUUUCAUCUGUCUUGUUCUUCAUUCUUUCCUCUCUAUCUCUUUCUCUCUCUUUCUCUUUCUCUUUUUUCUGCUUCAAUUUCUUUGUUCACAUCCUUUCAAAUGUCUGCUGCAUCUAAUCUUGCUCCACACCGUCAGCGGUACAAAAAUGCUGCUUUGGAUGCCCAAGAGUUGAGACGACGUCGUGAAGAAGAAGGUGUCCAACUUAGAAAGCAAAAACGAGAAACAGAAUUACGUAAGAGACGAAACCUUGAUGACAGCGCCUUAGAUGAUGAUUCUGUACCAGGAACCGAUACUGGUAACCAAUCUGGCCAAGUAUCUACCAUUACACAAGAAAUGAUUGAAUCCCUUUACAGUGAUAAUGUUGCAGCACAACUUCAGGCAACCCAGAAUUAUAGGAAAUUAUUAUCAAAAGAGCCUAAUCCACCAAUUGAUGAAAUUAUAAACACUGGAAUCGUACCUAAAUUUGUAGAGUUUUUAAGAAGAGAUGAUAAUCCCACACUUCAGUUUGAAGCUGCAUGGGCAUUAACCAACAUUGCCUCUGGAACCUCAUCUCAAACACGAAAAGUUAUCGAAGCCGGCGCGGUCCCUGUUUUCAUUCAUUUAUUGUCAUCAAAUAAUGAAGAUGUUCAAGAGCAAGCAGUUUGGGCUCUUGGAAAUAUUGCCGGUGAUAGUCCAGAUUGUCGUGAUUUCGUUCUGAAUAAUGGAGUCCUACCACCUUUGUUAAAACUUUUAGGUUCAUCUACUCGUCUAUCAAUGACCAGGAAUGCCGUUUGGACACUCUCCAACCUUUGUCGCGGAAAGAGCCCUUUCCCUAAUUUCGAGCAAGUAUCACCUUGCUUACCAGUGUUAUCCCGUCUUCUUUAUCAUAAUGACUCGGAUGUGUUAGCAGAUGCCUGUUGGGCUCUAUCAUAUCUUAGUGAUGGUCCUAACGAAAAAAUUCAAGCAGUAAUUGACUCUGGAGUCUGUCGUAGACUUGUUGAGCUUUUGCUACAUUCUAGCCAAGCCGUCGUCUCUGCUGCUCUCAGAGCAGUAGGUAACAUAGUUACUGGAGACGAUUUACAAACUCAAAUUAUAUUGAACUGUAAUGCCCUGCCUUAUCUUAAAGAUCUUUUAUCCUCUACUAAAGAGACUAUUCGCAAAGAAGCAUGUUGGACGAUAUCUAAUAUCACAGCUGGUAAUAGGCAGCAAAUUCAAGCAGUUGUUAAAGCAGAUAUAUUUCCAAUUCUGAUUGACUUGCUACAAAAUGCUGAUUUUAAAAUCAGAAAAGAAGCAGCUUGGGCCAUCACAAAUGCUACCUCAGGAGGCUCACCUGAACAAGUUAAAUACCUCGUUGAACUUGGAUGUAUCCCGCCCAUGUGUGAGCUUUUGGGGGUAUCAGAUGCCAAGACUAUUCAAGUUGCGCUUAAUGGACUCGAAAACAUUCUCAAAUUCGGUGAGCCCCAUGUCAAAACAAACCCAGGAGCAGUUAAUCCAUAUGCAAAUAUCAUAGAAGAAUGUUUUGGCCUUGACAAAAUCGAGUUCCUUCAAUCGCAUGAAAAUGUUGACAUCUACCAAAAGGCAUAUGACAUAAUUGAAAAAUUCUUCGGAACAGAAGAUGAAGAAGCAGCCAUUAAACCUGAAGUCGAUACUGAUAAUCAUCAAUUCCGAUUUGGAGCUCCAGAUGAUCCAAAUGCAGCAACCGGUGGUCAACCUUUCACUUUCUAAUUCUCCCUCAUCAUCUAACAAUCUUAAUAAACCUGAAAUGAAACGUUUAAGUAAAAAUGUAUUUUAUGAUUUUAAUGAUGAAAUGAAUUAAAAGUGAAAUGAAAGAUUCAUUUCUUCAAGAGUAUCUAAAAUUUUUAACUAAUACGGAGAGUAAAACAGAUGCUCCAAAUUAAAACAAUCGUCCAUUCAACCUCCACCAAAGUUAAAGAUUUUACAUGCAGGAGAAAAUAAAUGGAAAAACGAUUAUAAAGCUUACCUGUUUGCGAUGAAUAGUUGACUUUGUUACAUUAAUUUUGUUUACUUGUUGAUCAAAAAAUUCUUUUCUUCUAAGCUUGUACUAUAUGGAAUCAGAAUGAAUUAAAUAAAAAGAAAACAAAAAACACCAAA